AUGGAACGGAUUCAACAACUAGUUUGGCGUGUGGAUGGAUUUCGACAAGUCGUCGAGGAAUGUGAACUAAGAGACUUGGGGUUUACGGGUAGUCGUUUCACCUGGGAGCGUCACAGGAAUACAAGGAAUUGGGUCUGUGAACGACUAGAUCGUGUUUUGACCACAUCUCAAUGGGUCCUCCUAUUUCCGAAGGCGCAGGUCCAUCAUCUUGAGGUAGCAAAUAGUGAUCACUCCGCUCUAUUCUUAUCACUAGGGGUGAGUGUUAUUCGAUAUGCCCCCGUACCUUUUAGAUUCGAGAAUGCUUGGCUCAAAGAGAUUGACAUAGAAGAGGCAGUUUUGGAGGCGUGGUCAUGCGGCAGAGAAAAACCAAUUGGAAAUCGCAUUGCAAUUUGUGGAAACUUUCUGAAGGAAUGA